UAUAAACCCGCGUUUGUCCAGCCAAGCCGAUUUACAGCCAGGCGAAAAGGGGAGCUGCUGCCCGUUUUGCAACAAGUGAGAGAGAAGGUGUGCGUUUCUAGACACCACCGGCCGAGCCAUCCUUUUGGGGACGAGAUACCGCAUCGCUGACAGCCUCUCAUGUGUCUUUAUCCGCGCCUACAUCCGUGGCCGUGAGGACGAGCAGCACCGAGACAUGUCUGUGCCGGGCUCCUCCGACCGGACCCGCUCCGCCGGGAACAGCCCGAACUCGGCGACGAACGGCCGAGCUGCCCGCCCCUGUCAGAAUGGUCCAGGACAGACCUACCCAUCCAUGUAUCCACCUACAGGCUAUUACACAGCCUCACCUCAACAGCAAGGCUAUCCUACCAUUCCUGCCCACUGCACCCCUGUUCCCAACAAAGCACCCAUCACGAACAAUGCCCACAGUGACUACUACCACAACAUCCGUCAACCACAACAUCAACGGCAGCAACAGUAUAUCCCUCAGGAUCCAGCUCCCCCCAGUGUAGCGCCCUCUGCAUACGGUGCACCGCCGAGUGCUGCCCCACCCACCCAGCCAUAUGGCUCAACCCCUGCCACCCACCAGACUUCAGCACCCCUACCUGCAAACACUUUGUAUAUCCCACAGCCAGUCCAGCAGCAAGCUUCCUAUGGAGCCCCAGCAGGUUACUAUGGACAGCAACCAUAUCCCACAUCCCAAGCACAGCAGCAGCAACCAAGCUUGGUCCCCCCACCAGCUAGCGGCCCUGGGGCUCCCCUCUAUCCCAUUGUAUCAUACCCCUCUGUGCCGGGAAGCAGCCAGUACGGCACGCUGCGGUCAGCCCAGACCAACUCCACACCGGGAGCUGUGCCAACCCUGAUGAGUGCACCUCUUCAUCAGUACUCCAGCGGGAAUGGCACCUUUCACCCAGCACCUGAGGCGACAGCAGUGCAACAUGGGUAUAGCGGGGCAUCACCUGGUCAGCUGCCACAGACGAUGACAGUCAACGGUCAGGAAAACACAGCUCACCAACACUAUGACCAAAGCCACUGGGCCUCUGCGACCUAUGGAGGGGUCACUCACAGCAGUGGGGGAUCAGAGAGAGACAGACCACCCUCAGGAACCCCCUCCACUUCAGUCCAUUCCUCACCGGGACAUCAGCAAGGCAUGCAGUAUGGAUAUGUUGCUAAUAGCGGAGCUAGCUCUGCCUCUGCCGCCACCUCUGCCCCAGCCGCUGCCCCUGCCACAGCCCCCUCAUCCUCAAGCUCAGAUGAGGAUGAGGAGGACGAGGACGAGGAUGAGGAAGCAGGUGGUGAUACUUCCUCCUCCACAACUGGCAGUGCUUCGCCAGUGCCCAACAGCUUUGAGUCUCUAGAAGGGGGCAGCUAUCCAGCCUCUAUGCCGCCCUCCGGUGAUAUGACCCACCAGGCCCCCCUGUCCUACAGCAGUUAUGGAUACCCCAGCAUGCAGCCAGCCUAUUCGCAGGGGCCAGGCUCCCACACAGAGUCCUCCACUUCACACGGGUUGUACAGUCAGUCCGGCUACCAGCAGUACUCUCAGCCGUUCCCUAACCUGUCCCAGCUCUCUGCGGCCCUUGGCGGGCUGAGUGGCGUACCAGAGCUGGAGAUGGAGGCCCUGAGGCCAGUCAACUUGUUGCAGGAGAGGAACCUGCUUCCCCCAAGGCCCCUGGAGGCCCCCGAGCCCAACCUCAGCUCAGACCUAAAGAAGGCUAAUUGCAGCCCGCAUACGUUCAGGUGCACCCUGACCAGUAUCCCCCAGACUCAGGCGCUGCUCAACAAGGCCAGGCUUCCACUCGGCCUCCUGCUCCACCCAUUCAGAGACCUACAGCAAUUGCCGGUCAUCACAUCAAACACGAUAGUGCGGUGUCGUUCAUGCCGCACGUACAUCAACCCUUUUGUGUCCUUCCUUGACCAGCGCAGGUGGAAGUGCAACCUCUGUUACCGUGUGAAUGAUGUUCCCGAUGAGUUCAUGUAUAACCCGGUCACUAGGUCUUAUGGUGAGCCCCAUAAGCGACCAGAGGUCCAGAACUCCACGGUGGAGUUCAUCGCCUCUUCAGACUACAUGCUGCGACCCCCUCAGCCGGCUGUCUACCUCUUUGUCCUGGACGUGUCACACAAUGCUGUGGAGGCAGGCUAUCUAAAAUACUUCUGUGAAACCCUGCUAGAAAACCUGGACAAGUUACCCGGGGACACGCGUACCAGGGUGGGCUUUCUCACCUUCGAUAGCACCAUCCACUUCUACAACCUCCAGGAAGGCCUGUCCCUGCCACAGAUGCUGGUGGUGUCAGAUAUCGACGAUGUGUUCAUCCCAUCACAUGACAGUCUAAUGGUGAAUCUAAAGGAAAGCAGAGAGCUGGUAAAGGACCUGUUGACCUCCCUGCCGGCCAUGUUUAGCCACAGCAGGGAGACCCACAGUGCACUGGGUCCCGCGCUACAGGCGGCUUUCAAGCUCAUGUCGUCCACGGGGGGGCGCGUCUCAGUGUUCCAGACUCAGCUGCCCACGCUAGGGGCCGGCCUGCUUCAGUCCCGGGAAGACCCCAACCAGCGCUCCAGCACCAAGGGAGUGCAGCACCUUGGUCCAGCCACAGACUUCUAUAAGAAGCUGGCCCUGGACUGCUCUGGACAGCAGAUAGCAGUGGACCUCUUCCUACUCAGCUCCCAGUAUACUGAUCUGGCCUCACUGGCGUGCGUGUCCAAGUACUCAGCCGGGAGUAUCUUCUAUUACCCCUCCUUCCACCACAUCCACAACACGGCCCAGCCGGAGAAGUUCCAGAAGGAUCUGGAGCGCUACCUCACCAGGAAGAUCGGCUUCGAGGCCGUCAUGAGAAUACGCUGCACGAAAGGUUUGUCCAUCCACACGUUCCAUGGGAACUUCUUUGUGCGUUCUACUGACCUGCUGUCCCUGGCAAAUGUGAACCCCGACUCUGCUUUUGCUGUCCAGAUGUCAAUCGACGAUUCUCUGGCUGACUCCUCACUGGCCUGCUUCCAGGCUGCACUGCUCUAUACUUCAAGUAAAGGGAAGAGACGUAUCCGGGUCCACACCCUUUGUCUGCCGGUGGUUAACCAGCUGAGCGAUGUGUAUGCUGGGGCUGACGUUCAGGCCAUCACCUGUCUGUUGGCCAACAUGGCCAUCGACCGGUCGAUAUCUUCCAGUCUGUCGGAUGCCCGGGACGCUCUGGUGAACGCGGUUGUGGACUCGCUGAGUGCAUACAAGAGCACCGUGUCCAACCUUCAGCAGUCUGGCCUCACUGCCCCCGCCACCCUGCGCCUCUUCCCACUCUACAUCCUGGCACUCCUCAAACAGAAAGCCCUGCGGACAGGCACAAGCACUCGGCUGGAUGAGCGGGUCUUUGCCAUGUGUGAGUUCAAGACCCAGCCCCUGCAGCAGCUCAUGCGCAUGGUGCACCCGGACCUGUACCGGCUAGACAACAUGUCCGACCAGGGGGCGCUCCACCUGAACGACCUGGUGGUGCCUCAGCCACACCUCAUCCACCUGUCAGCAGAGAGGUUGAGCAGAGAUGGGGCCUUCCUCAUGGACUGUGGCAAUAUGUUUUACCUGUGGAUUGGUAAAUGCUGCAACGACAUGUUCAUCCGAGAUGUUCUGGGAUGCCCCAACUACGCUUCGAUACCACCUAACAUGACCCGAAUUCCUGAGCUGGAAACGCCUCUGUCUGAGAGAGUUCGAGCUUUCCUGGACUGGCUUCAGGACCGCAGAGCGUUCACCGCCACUCUCUAUAUUGUCAAGGAUGAUGCCUCUGCAAAGGCCACCUUCUUUCAGCACCUGACGGAGGAUCGGUCUGAGGCGGCCUCCUCCUACCACGAGUUCCUCCAGCACAUUCAGCAGCAAAUGUCCAGCUAGACUCCACUUGACCCACAUAGCAACUUUUGACCAUGCAUAGGAAGAAGAAGAGGAAGAAAAAGAGGAAAGAAAAUCACAGAUACCCUGGACCUCCAACCAAUGGCGUUGGAUGCACAUCUCGCCCUCAGUCCAGUCUCGGCGAGGUGCGAACAUCACCAGGUUACAACCCCAUAUCCCCCAUCACAACAUCCCCAUUGGAUGACCACGUCCUCGGAGCUCAUUGGUCGACCACGGCCUUUGACCAUCGGAGGGGCGGAUGGCGGCAAAUAGGACUGUGGAUCUCGUAGGAAAUAAAGCGUGUGAUGAAGUGAAGGAAUGAAUCUCAGAUCAAUCUGGCAAGUAGAACAAGCUCCUCCUUUGGCCAGCUUCCCGUCUCUCCACGAGAAUCUUUCUCCGCCGCUGUUGGCGCCUCAUGUAGCCACCCUUCAAAACUGUCACUCCUGAGAACUGGGUGGGAAACCCAAGCCAGCAAGAUGCCACUCCAGUUUUAGUUUUUUUUUUCUUCCCUGUAAGCCUCGCAUGUAGCUAGUGCUGUUUUAUGUUUUUGUUUGUUUUUGUUUUAAUUCUCAUUCCCUUCUUUCCCCUGUUUUCGAUUUAAGUCAUUUUAAAAACACUGGAGAUGGGCGCCGCGGUGGCUCACCUAGUAGAGCGUGUACCACAUAAGACUGAGUCUUUACCGCAGCGGCCUGGGUUCAAAUCUUGCCCGGGCCCUUUGCUGCAUGUCAUCCCCUCUCUCUCCCCUGCCUUCCCUGUCUGUCUCUACUGUCACUGUCACUAUAAAGCGGAAAAUGCCGAAAAAAUGAUCUGAAAACACUGGAGAAAUAAAAAUGAACAUUCCCUCUACAUUAUCUUGGCAUUUGCUUUGCAAGAAAAAGCUCAUGCCGCCAUUUUAUUUGCUGCUAGUCUGAUGAUAGACGACAACUCUCUGCGUAGCAGGAAGACAACUCGACAGUGGUUGGACAUUGAGACCCUGAAUAAACCCCAUUUCUUUGUCCUUCUCUCUGCUGUUUAAAACUCCAAAUUAUAAAAAUCAAGCUAAAAAAAUCCUUUGUCAAUAACCCUCUCUUAGUUUGUUUUUUUUCUCUCCCUCGGCGCUAAUGGAAGUUGCUAUCCACUUUCUAACUAAUUGAAAAAAAAUCUUUUAUGUGCGAUAAUUUAUGAACCAUCUUAUUAAAGAAAAGUAA